AUGUUGGUUGUUAUGCUUUUAUUUUCAUUUUCAGUUUGCUUGAACGCAUAGACAAAUGAUCAUUCAAAAGAAGACUAUAAACUCAUUAUAUUCUCUGAUUUCUGUUAUGAAUAAUUUUUUGGAAAUGAGAAAAUUAGUAGUGACUGUAUUUCUGAUACAAUCAGCAGAACAAUUAGCAUUUUAAUGGUGGCAUUUGCUAUCAUGAAUCAAUUGCCUUAAAUUCAUAAAAUUUGGAAAUCUUAAUCAAUACAGGGUAUCUCAUUUAAUGCUUAUUACACAGAAUUAUACCUGCUCUCAUUUAUAACUGCUUAUAAUCUAUAUAAAUAGACAAAAUUUAUUUUGUAUGGUGAAAAUGCAAUAGUAGGUCUGGAAUAUAGCAUAGUCUUAUGUUUGUUCAUUUUUUAUGAUAAAAAUUUGAAUUUUAAUUAAUGGCUCUUUAAAGCAGUUUUUUUCAUACUAAUCAAUACUCCUCUCUACAUAGGCCUGGGGCCUUAAUGGAUCUUUGAUAUGACUAUUUACAUUAAUAUGAGUUUGUUAUUUAUGGCCAGGUUUUUACAAAUAAGACUGAAUUGUUAAAAUAGAAAUACAGGUUAAUUAUCAUUGCUUACAUAAUUGUAGAACUAUGCUGGUAGUAUAGCAAGAUUAUUUACUUUGUUUAAUGAUAAUGCAGAUUUCUCAUAUAUGUUAUAUGUAUUAGAAGACAAUAUCAUGGGAACUAUAUUGCUAGUAUAAAUUAUUAAUACCUGGAGAGCUGAAAGGAAUAAGAAUAAGAUAAGUUAUGAUAAAAGUGACCAAUCUACAUGCGAAGAGAUAAAAUAUGAUUAAAUCUGA